CAUCUUCAUCAUCAGCAGCAUCAUCAGCAUCAGUCGUCUCCAUUUCUAGAUCACCUCAUCUCAUCUCUCUCUCCUGUUUUCUGCCGCUGAUCUGAUCCUUCACACUGCUUUGUGCCCCUCACUCAACCAUCCAUUAUCCAUCUCCCCACCUCUCACACAACAACAACAACAACAACAACAACAACAACAACAACAUGGCCCCCACCAACGGACAGACGACAAAAGAUGUCGGUCUCGACAAGGAGUGGACGGAGAACAUCAUCAAGGCCAUGGGUCCCAAGACUGAUGCACGCCUGCGAGAGGUCAUGGGCCCGCUCAUUCGCCACAUCCACGACUUUGCCCGCGAAGUGAAUCUCACCGUCGACGAGUGGAUGGCGGGCGUAGAGCUCGUCAACUGGGCCGGUCAGAUGAGCAACGAGAAACGAAACGAAGGCCAACUGCUGUGUGACGUGAUUGGUCUAGAAUCAUUGGUGGAUGAUAUUACUGUUCGAAAGGCUACAGAUGCAGCAGAUUCUGCUACGGCUUCGGCCAUUUUGGGUCCUUUCUUUCGACAUGAUCACCCCGUGCGAGAAUUCGGUAGCACCAUUUCUUUGCAUGAUGUUCCUGAUGGCCAGAUUGCCUAUGUCCAUGGAACUGUGACAGAUGCCAAGACUGGCAAGCCUAUUCCGAAUGCCUCGAUUGAUGUCUGGCAAGCAAGCACCAAUGGACUCUACGAGCAACAAGAUGAUGCGCAAGACGAUCACAACCUCCGUGGAAAGUUCUAUACCACUGCAGAGGGUAAAUAUGCCUUUUACUGCCUUCGACCAACUCCAUAUCCAGUCCCCAACGACGGCCCCGCCGGUAGACUCCUCGAACUCAUGGACCGCCACCCUUUCCGCCCCGCACACAUCCACUACAUUGUGCAACACGAAGGCCACAAACCCAUCACGACGCAAAUUUUCGAUUCGGAAUCCAAAUACUUGGAAGAUGAUUCUGUAUUUGCCGUCAAAGAUUCUUUGGUGGUGAAAUUUGAACCUCGAAAGGGGGAUCCCAAGGCGGAAUUUACGCUGCAGUAUGAUGUGGCGUUGUCGAGGACGGAGGAGAAGGGCACGGGGUAUCAGCCUAUGGUUACUACUUCGGCGAUUUCGGCGCAGUUGUGAGGAGAGUGAAGUGAAUUGGUGGGAUUGUUUUUGUUGUUGAUGUUUUAUGGGAUGUUGAGGGUGGGGAUGGGGAUGGGGAUUGGGUAUGAAUGAAUAUGAAAUUACUUUUUUCCUUAUUUCUUUUAUGAAAGUGGAUGGUAUUUUCGUCGUGAACAUGAAAGUUGUUUGAUCAUGAUUCGUUAGUAUCCCAAGUCUGUAAAAUCCAUCCAUCCAAUCCUACGCCUCCUCAUCCUUAAACCCCUUCAACUUCAACAACCUCGCCGCAUUAUCCCUCCCAAUCGCCUUCACCGCCUUCUCCCCCCCAAGCUUCUCCUCCAACUGCACACCAUCAAACCACCCACACGCAUCCUCAAACGACUCAAACGGAUAAUCAAUCGAAAACAAAAUCCUCUCGGCCCCAAUCUCCCUAAUACAAUACUCCAGCGUAUUCGUAGAAAAAUGUCCACUCGUCGUAAUCCAGACAUUCUCCCGAAAAUACUCUCUAAUCGUCUUUUUGCACCCCAACCCCAACGGCUUCUUCACAUCCUCAAACCAAUGAUUAAUCCUCCACAAAUCAAACGGUAAAUGUUCACCCAAAUGCCCCACAAUCACUUGCAGCUUCGGAAAUCUAUCAAAUACUCCAUUCGUCACCAAUCCCAAUAAAUGCAAACUCACCCCUUGCGCAAACGACAACGGAGGCCCAAUUAACCAUUUUCUCGGCUCCCACAAUUUCUCAUAAAACACUCCUGUCGGGUUGCGAGGAUGGAGGUAUACUGGAACAUCUAAUUCCUGCACAACAGACCAAAACGCAUCCCAAGAGGGUGUAUCGUAAAAUAUCAUUUCCGAGCCAGAGGCAUCUGUGCGUUGCGUAUCAUUGAUCAAAGCCCCUUUAAAUCCAAAUUGCGUCACACAUCUCCGUAAUUCUUCGGCGGCGGUGACAGGAUCAUGCAUUGAUAACGUCGCAAAACCUCCCAGACGGGUCUCGAAGCCGCUGAUUUCUCGAGCUAAAUGGUCGUUGACUUCGCGGGCCAGAGCGUCGGCUUCGGGCCGGGAGUAAAUGUCUUGGACGCCCGGAGCUGUGUAGGAGAGGAUUUUGUAGCCUACGUUAUAUUUGUCCAUGAGGGAAAUUCGGAGGAUGUUGAUGUCGUUGAUUUCUUGGGUGUGUUUGCGCGGGUCGACGGCGAAGAGGCUGGCCCACCAUUGGGUUUUUUCCGUGUGGCGGGGGAGUGCGAAGGCUUCUUCUAGGGCGAUUUUUCCUUUCAU